GAUCAUUCGCAAGUUAGAUAUCGUGAAAUUCCGGCGAGAGAGAGAGAGAGAGAUUCCACGAUCAAUUUACAGAUCGUCUUCCCUUGCAUUGAACCCUAGUCUCCAACCAUGGGAGGCCACGGCGGUCUAAACAUCCUCCCUCAGAAGCGAUGGAACGUCUACAACUUCGACAACAGAGAGAAAGUCCGGAAAGACGAAGAGGAAGCCGCCAAAGAGGAGCAGCUCAAGCGCGAGCAGUCUCGCAAGCGCGACACCGAGUUCCGCAUCGAGCAGCUCCGCCAAGCCCGCGGCCUGGCUCCCUUGGUUCAUCAACCCUCCACGGCGGCACCAACCGCGGCUGCACCGGCUCCGCCGUCGCCCGAGCCGGAGUCGAAAUCGAAGUUGAACCACAUUAACUUGUUCGAAGGGAUUAGGAUUUUCGAUCCAGUAGAAGGGAAAAAAGAGGAUGAGGACAGAGGAGGGGCGCGUAAGAAGAUGAAGGUGGAGAAGAAGAAGGAGGAGGUGAGGGUUGUGUUGCCUGAAGAUGAGAAGUAUAAGUUAGGGUAUGGGGUGGCUGGAAAAGGGGUGAAGUUGCCGUGGUAUUUGUCUCGGCGGCCGAGUGACGAUGUGGAGAGAGAGGAGGAGGUGGAGGAUGAGGGUGGUAAGUGUAGAGUGGGGAAGAGUAGCGGGAAGAAGACGGUGGAGGAGAUGAGAGAAGAACGGUUGAAGAGAGAGAAGAGGGAGAAGGAGCGGGAGCGGGCUCUGGUGGUAGGGAAGGGCAGAAGGGAUGGUGGGUUUUCCAGGAGGUAGGUUUUGAGGGAAUUGCAUUUGUGUUAUGUUUAUUGCCAGAGUUUUUGAUAACUCGAGUGUCCGGGCCAGCGUUAAUAGGUAUUCUCUUGAUGCAUAUUUGAAUUGCUUGAUGAUGAGUAGUUGAGGAAAGAGUAUGAUCAAGAUACAGUAACAUAUUCUGAUGUGUGGUGAUGAAAUUGUUUGGUCUCCUGUUUGAUUCUUGAUGUCUGUUGGUAACUUGUGAUCAUGUCUGGUUACUCUAUUGUAUAUUCAUGAUUCUUGCAGCUUUUUUGUGUGUUGACAAUGUAGGCUACAGGCUGAUGUUCAACUUGAUGGCCUCUGUUAUUCAGCUCUAUUUUGCAA